AUGGUGCGACGUCUGGGGGCCAUGUGCAUUAUGCCUCCUUUUUUUCCCUUUCAUUCUUCUAUUACUACUAUAAAGAGUUUUCACUCAUCAAAUCAUUUUCUGACGCAAGCAGAAGGACACGUAAAACCCCAAGAUGGUGUACAGAUGAAUUUUUUCCAAGCGAUUAAUUCCGCCCUGGACCUUGCACUUUCUAAAAACGAAAAAACGGUAUUGUUUGGCGAAGAUGUUGCGUUUGGUGGCGUUUUUAGGUGUUCUCUUGAUUUAGUUAAGAAACAUGGCGCAAAACGUGUGUUUGAUUCACCGCUAACUGAACAAGGUAUUGUGGGAUUUGCAAUUGGAAUGGCCGCUGUGGGAUGGAAACCAAUUGCUGAAGUUCAGUUUGCAGAUUAUAUAUUUCCAGCGUUUGAUCAAAUUGUUAAUGAGGCAGCCAAGAUGCGGUUUCGUUCUGGAGGUCAAUUUCACUGUGGUGGUCUCGUAAUUCGCUCACCAAGUUCUGCGGUGGCACACGGAGGUAUGUAUCAUUCACAGAGUGUGGAGGGGUACUUUAAUCAUUGCCCUGGUAUAAAAAUAGUGAUGCCGUCCACACCGUCUGAUGCAAAAGGUCUGUUGUUGCAGUGUAUAGAGGAGGAGGACCCUUGUAUUUUUUUUGAACCCAAGCGACUCUACCGCGCCGCAGUGGAAAACGUGGAUCCUACGUACUAUACCAUUCCUCUUGGUAAGGGUCGUACCUUUCAGGAAGGAAAGGACGUGACAGUAGUGACAUAUGGCACGCAGGUGGGUGUAGCCGUUAAGGCCGCUGAACGUGCACACCAGGACGGUAUCUCUGUGGAAAUUAUUGACCUGCGUACACUCAAGCCUUGGGAUCGUGAGAUGGUCACGCAGUCUGUUCGCAAAACGGGGCGUGUCAUUGUGACGCAUGAAGCCCCAAAGACAAGCGGCUUGGGCGCAGAACUGAUUUCAAGCAUUACGCAAGACUGUUUUCUUUCCUUGGAAGCACCACCCAUGCGAGUUUGUGGACUUGACACUCCCCACCCUUUGCAUGAGCAACUGUAUUUACCAAAUGAGUUGAAAUUAUAUGAAGCCAUCAAACAGGUCACUGCCUUUUAG